AAAAAAUCGCGUGCGAGCGCAAACGAUUCUUCCCGGUUCCCACUUCCCUUCUCCCCCACCCCGCGGCCGCUAGGGUUUUAUCCUGCUCGCCUGCUCGCUGCUCCCUCCUGGCGGAGGAGGCGCCGGAGGCAUCGCGCUUCGAUCCCCACUCCCGGACCCGUCGAUUCCGCCUCUCAAUCUGGGAAAUUCCGUCAUGGUCGCUGCAUAGGUCGGCAGGCAUUGGGAGGAGAGGCGAGAAGAGGGCUCCUCUUGCUGGACAUGGCGGCUCAGGAGGCGGCUGCGGCCUCUGCGGAUGCGUCCGGCCCUCGGUUUGCCCCUGAUGACCCGACGCUCCCCGCGCCCUGGAAAGGGCUGAUUGACGGCGCGACACUGUACUACUGGAACCCGGAGACGAAUGUGACCCAGUACGAGAAGCCCGCUGCUGCGGCGGCAGCACCCCCCUUACCUGCGGGUCCUCCGCCAGCGACCCCUGUGCAGGUUCCAGAACCGGCACCAGGGGCUUCACAGCCUGGCUUGCAGUUUGGCCAAGUUGGGCAGGCAACACACCAGGAGCGACCUGGCCAGGCAGUUUAUCCUCAGCCUGUCCAGCUUGGGCGUCAGCAGCAGACUCAACAGCCGGCCCAGCAGCAGCAGUUUCAGCAUGUUCCUCAACAUCAAGCUUCGUUUCAGCAAGUGCCAUAUCAGCAACAGCAGCCGCACAUGCCAAAUCAGCCACCUCAAUACCCGAACCCGCAGCAACAGCAGCCGCACAUGCCAAGUCAGCCACCUCAAUACCCGAACCCGAAUCGUCAACAUAUGCCAUACCAGCAGGGUCCUUACAUGCAACCCCAGCAGCAACAGCAAGGCCCACCGUAUCCAUAUCAGGCAGACCAACAGCCACUGCCGCAAGCUGCUUACAAUCAAGGUCAAGGUCAGCAGCCACCGACACCUCAAGCUGCUUACAAUCACGGGCAAGGUCAGCAGCCACCAAUGCCACAAUCUUCCUACAAUCAAAGUCAGCAGCCCGUGAUACCACAAUCUGUCUACAAUCAAGCUCAACAGCCACAAAUGCCACAUGGUGCUUAUAAUCAAAGUCAGCAGCCGCAAGGGAUGAGGAUUCCUCAGAAUCAAGUGCAACACCCUCAACAAUCUCCGAGCUUUCACCCUGUCCAGACUCCGCAGUUGCCGCAAGUUUCUCAAUCUCAAGGACUUCAAAUGCCCUCUCAACAAGGUCAACUGCAGCAUGGAUUGCAGUUCUCUCAGCACGGAAAACAGCCACUGUCACAUGGGCAACAAAGUCCGUUGUUGAAGGAUGAUGAUGUGGGAGGUCAUGAAGGCAAGAGGACUGGCUUUUCAUUACCACUUAGUCAGCAGCGUGGCCAAGCUCCUCUUUCAAACCAGCAGUUAAUUUCUAGUCAUCAAUAUCCUGGAGCUGUUAAUCAGCCAAAUAUACCUGGAGUCGGUGGGCCACUAUAUCCUGCAAAGCAUCUUCAUGGUGGAUCAUCUCCUGCUGAGACUAAUAACAUGGGUUUAAUGAACUCACCUGGUCAGAUGCAUCAAGGUGCAGUUCCAAAUCAUAUUGGUCCAUCACCAGUUCGUCCUCCAAUGGGUUUCGAGAUGGGUAAUAGGGAUGGUCACUUUGAAAGAGAUGACCCUCACCCCUAUGGAAGAUUUGAUGGGGCAAAUACUCUCCAGCAGCAGCCAAAGCUUGCUGCUGUCCCACCUUCACAAACACCCCUGCAGGGCAUGCGAAAUGGCCCACCUUAUCCUCAGGCAGACAAUUUUGGUGGUUAUAACAUGGCACCUCCACAUUCAGUGCCAAAUCCACAUAAUCAUGGUCCAUUGCCUAUCGGAGCUUCUAUGAGGCCACCAUCAAGAAUGUUUGGCCCCCCAGAUUUCCCGGGCAUAUCUUCAGCUGAUGCAUACCGUCAGCACCAUGAAGUCACUGCCAUGGGUGAGAAUGUUCCUGCUCCAUUUAUGACAUUUGAGGCUGCUGGAUUCCCUCCUGAGAUCCUGAGAGAGAUUCACGCAGCUGGCUUUUUAAAUCCCACUCCAAUUCAAGCUCAAACAUGGCCUGUUGCACUGCAAAACCGGGACAUAGUAGCUAUUGCCAAGACAGGAUCUGGAAAGACACUGGGAUACCUAAUUCCGGCUUUUAUACAUUUGAGGAGAUGCCACAACAAUCCGAUGUUGGGUCCUACAGUGUUGGUUUUGGCCCCUACACGUGAGCUUGCUUCACAAAUACAAGACGAAGUAGUCAAGUUUGGUCGAUCAUCUAGAGUCUCCUGCAUAUGCCUAUAUGGUGGAGCUUCAAAGGGUCCUCAGCUAAGAGAACUUGAGCGUGGAGCAGAUAUUGUGGUAGCAACACCAGGACGUCUUAAUGAUAUCCUGGAAAUGAAGAAGAUUAGCCUCCAUCAGGUUUCAUUACUUGUGCUUGAUGAAGCUGACCGUAUGCUUGACAUGGGUUUUGAGCCACAGAUACGGAAGAUUGUGGAUGAGAUUCCUCGUACUAGACAGACUCUGAUGUACACUGCCACUUGGCCCAAGGAGGUUACAAAAAUAGCUGGGGAUUUACUGAGAGAUCCUGUCCAGGUCAACAUUGGCAGCAUCGAUGAACUUGUUGCCAACAAAUCCAUCACUCAGUAUGUAGAGGUGGUUCCACCUAUGGACAAGCAGCGACGCCUAGAGCAGAUCCUUAGAGAUCAAGAAAGGGGUUCAAAAAUCAUCAUAUUCUGCUCUACUAAGAAAAUGUGUGAUCAGCUUGCUCGUGGUAUUGGUCGCAGUUUUAAUGCUGUGAGCAUUCAUGGUGACAAGUCACAGACUGAAAGAGACAAUGUUCUCAAUCAGUUUCGAACUGGCAGGGCUCCAAUAUUAGUAGCCACAGAUGUUGCUGCUCGUGGACUUGAUAUCAAAGAUAUCAGAGUGGUCAUCAAUUAUGACUUCCCAACUGGGAUAGAGGACUAUGUGCAUCGCAUUGGGCGUACAGGAAGAGCUGGGGCAACUGGAGUCUCAUACACGUUCUUCUCUGAGCAGGAUUGGAAAUAUGCUGGUGAUUUGGUGAAACUCUUGGAAGGUGCUAACCAGCAUGUUCCUCCACAGCUGCUGGAUAUGGCUGCACGAGGUGCUACUGGAGGUCUAAGAAACCAGGCUGCUGGAAUGAGCCGCUGGGAUGGGCCUGGUGGUGGUCGUAUUGAACCAGGUAUUGGUGGCCCUGUCGGUUAUGGUGGAGUUAGGGAGGGCCCUGGAGGUUUUGGCAGUCGUGAGGGCCCAGGUGGAUUUGGUGUUCAUGAGGGCCCAGGCGGUUUUGGUGGCCGGGAUGGCCCUGAUGGUUUUAGUGGUCGGGAGGGUCCUGGUGGAUUUGGUGGCACGGAGGGUCCUGGUGGCUUUGGUGGCAGAAAGGGCCCAGGUGGCUUCGGUGGCCGGGAUGGCCCUGGGUCUGGUAGUUUUGGAGGUAGAGGGGGACGUGGAUCUGGUGGUUUUGGCGGUAGAGGUGGAGCAAGCCCUGGUGGCUUCGGUGGUCGUGGUGGCAGGGGUGAUUCUCCUGGUUUUGGUGGGCGUGGCAGGGGUGAUUCUCCUGGUUUUGGUGGGCGUGGCAGGGGUGACUUCCCCGGUUUUGGUGGGCGUGGUAGGGGUGAUUCUCCCGGUUUUGGUGGACGAGGUAGGGGAGAUUUCUUUGGUGGACGUGGUGGCAGGGGUCGUGGAUUUGGCGGGAGGGGACGUUCUGACCGAGGUCCACAUGACCGGUACAUCUCAGAUGGACGGGGAAGGUAUGAUAACCGUCGAGGAUUUGGCGACAAGGGUAGGGACCGGAGCUACAGCCGCAGCCCGGGUAGAGGCCGAUCACGAGGCUAUGACAGAAGAAGUGAUAGCAGGAGCCUUAGUAGGAGCAGAAGCCGCAGCAGGAGCUGGUCACGUAGCAGGAGCCGCAGCAGGAGCUGGAGCCGUAGUCGGAGCCGCAGCAGCAGUCGGAGUCGCAGCAGGAGCAGGAGCCGUGACCAUGGUGCAGCACCGGAACGCAGGCCCCGAGCAAGAUCCGGAUUCGAUGUGCUGCCACCAGCAACUGGGGCAGCCGGACCUGUACCUGUACCUGUAUCUGGACAAGCAGUAUCUCCUGUUCCUUCACUCGCACAUACAGGGUCACUCACUGAUACAUCUGCAAUGUCGCCAAUGUCACCCGGUGGACUGGUCCAGCAGGCUGCUGCACCAUUAAACAGCAUGAAUGAUGGUAACUUUAGUGGUCCACAAGCUGGCCAACCUUUCCAUGGGACUGACGCUGCAAUACCCAGCUUUCCUGCUGCCGAAAAAUUUCCAGGCUCUGCAGUUCAGCAGGCAGCUCCUGAUGUGUAAUGAGACUAAUAUUCACUAUUGUACCGCCUUUUUCCCUCUCUCUAGUCCGGUGCACAAUUAGGAAUGAGUUUCUUGCAGAACAGGGGUAGUUUCAAUGAGUUGAUGUUUCCUGGAGAUGACAUGGUUCUGUAUGGUCUUGUUUGUGCUAAGAAGCCAAAAAAAAAAGUCAUCCGUAAUCGUAUGAAAUUCUUUGUUUGCAUGCU